AUGGCAGCAACAGAAGCAGCAAAUCAGUUUUGGCAGCAGUUUAAAGAAGAACAAUCAAAGAUUGAAGAUCUAUUGAAUGAAUCUUACUCAUUACCAAAAUCUGACUUGUCUCAGCAUUUCGAUACUAUCUUGCAGAGAAUAAACACAAUGGAAAAAAAGCUUACGAAAGCUUUGGAUUAUAUACCAUCCUAUGAUGAACGUCAGUUUUCCUUGCAAUUGAAAUCACUUGGUGACAGAUUAGAAAAGACAAAAGCAGAACUAACACCCAAAGCAAAGUUUUCGUUCAAGUCGCGCAAGAAGAAGUCUUCAGUACUUAAAACAACUUUAACAGAAGAGAAACCAGAGACUGAUAAUAAAGAAGAGCUAUUAUCUGAUGCUACUGUUUUAUUAAAAGAUAAAUCAAAUACAACUUUACGAUUAGACCAAAAGACGAUAGAAAAAAAGAGUAUUGAUGUGUUGCUAUCCAAUUUAAAAAGCUGUAUUGUGAUCCUAGAGGAUCCAAACAUAACGAUAUCAGCUGUACAUAUCAAAGAUGUCCAAGACUGCGUGAUCCUUUGCAGGAAGAUAGAUGGAUCAGUACUUAUUUAUGGCAUAAAGCAUUCACUUUUGGUAGUAGGAUGUCAUCAGCUCCGUAUACACGAUGCAAAUGAGGUGGAUAUACUGAUGCAUGUUACAAGUCGCCCAAUUAUAGAAGAUUCAACAGGAGUCACUAGUGGCAAAUAUACCAUUCAGACUGAGGAUAUCAAUUACUUUGAUCAAAUUGAAGACUUUAACUGGUUAAAAAAACAGACAUCUCCCAACUGGACCGUGAUGAGUCAUGAUCGUGCAAAAGAGCUUAACCAAGCAUUGAAAACAAAUAUGAUGUUGACUGAUUUACCUCAUCUUCUUCCAAACAAGAAUUGA